AUGAUAUUUCCUCAUUACGAGGAUUUAUGCAUCAUUUUUGGAAAGGAUAUAUCUCAAAGGAAUAAAGCCAAGGAUUUCGCACAAAUGGAAGAAGAUGCAAACAAUGAAGAACAAUCUGAACAAGUAGCAGAUGAUUUUGAAGAACAAACCACAAAAAAUGAAGAAUCUCCAAACAUAGGCUCAAAGAAGAGAAAAAGAGUUUAUGUUGUUAUUAAGGGAACAACUAUUGCAGCUAACGUCCUUGAAGAAAAACUUGAAAAAGUAGUGAAUAACAUGAAUAAGGCAAUACUAGGAGAAACAAAAGUACAAAAAAAGCUUUGA